AUUAGGAAAGCCAUAAAUCUACUUUCACUAAAUUCUCAAUAGUGAACAAGCCAUAAAAUGAGUCACGUGGAUUAGGGACAGUGCUGGCAUCUAUAAUGGAUGUUUUUAUUUUUAAAAAAGUCGUUUAAAAACAGAUUUCAAAGUCGAAAUAAACAAAUGUACAAUCGUUAAAAGGUUUAAAAGGGCGAAAUUGGUUUGAAUUUCCGUUUGAAAUCAUCUCCCGUCUUAUGUCGUUUAUCGGCUGUGAUGAUGCAAUGACCCUGGUGGGCGCCACCAGUCAACAACUUUCGAGCUUUACAGUCGACAUCACUCCGUCGAUCCUGCUUCGCAUCAUCCAGUCAUCUGUUGUUCCCGUCUUUAUUUUCUGUUUUUCUUCAUUUUUCUCAAAAAAACACGACAAACCAAUAAAAAAAAUUAAAAUGAGUGCUUAAACCGGCGCAGGAUGUGAAAAAACCAUUGUGUUCGACCGUUCUUUUAUUCUGAAGUAAAUAUGAAGGAGAAGCACCACAAGAGCCAUAAGCGGUCACCGUCUUUCGAACGCCACCAUAGCCGCCACCAUCCCCGUGAUGGGCAGGUUGAUAGCGAUGACGAUGAAAGGGAGAGAAGGAGGCCUAGGUUGUCGGACGACAGAGAUCGUCGCAGGUCGCCGGAUAACAAACGCCAUGAGCGGAACCACUCUCUGGACCACAGGGACAGGAGAAGAUCACUAUACAGUGAAAAAGAACGAAGACAGUUUUCGGGAGAGAAGAAAGUCUGCAGAAGAAAACAGCGCCAAGAGGAAAAAAUGAGGGACGAAGACAAUAUAAAGGUGGAAAAAUCGCCACCCGAUCAUCGGACGAAAAAUUCUAAAAGUGCAGCUGAAAACACAUCAGGAGAAAAGUGGGGCAAAAAUGAUGAGAACACAAAGAAAAAGCCAAUGGAAAAUAAAGCUAAACCUGAUUUUGGUCUCUCAGGGAAAUUAGCCGAAGAAGUCAAUACCUACAACGGUGUUGUAAUUAAGUACGCAGAGCCUCCUGAAGCUGGUAAACCAAAAAGGAGGUGGCGCCUUUAUCCUUUUAAAGGAGACGAAGUUUUGCCCACACUUUAUAUACAUAGAAAAAGUGCUUAUCUCAUAGGAAGAGAUAGAAAAGUGGCAGACAUGCCUGUGGACCAUCCGUCCUGUUCGAAGCAGCACGCCGUCCUUCAGUACAGGAUAGUACCGUACACCCGAGAGGAUGGAGUCAAAUCACGUAGGAUACGACCUUACAUAAUAGACCUGGAAUCAGCAAAUGGGACCUACAUAAACAACAAAAGAAUAGAACCAAAGAAAUAUGUUGAGCUUAUGGAAAGAGAUGUAAUUAAAUUUGCGUAUUCUUCAAGGGAGUACGUUUUACUUCACGAACACUCACAAGACGAUGGUGUUGAAGAGGACGAUAACAUUUAACAGUGUAUAUAUGUAGCCUUUUUUUUCUAAUUUUUAUUAUGUAAAUAAAAUAACAUAAUUUUCCAA